AUGAGGCCGGCGGGACGCGAGACGUUGCUGGCCGCGCUGCUGCUCCUGGCACAGCUGCGCCCGGGGAGCAGCCAGUGGAGCCCGGAGGAGGAGGCGGCGGCCGCCGGGGUCCGAGAUCCAAGUCUGCGCUGGAGCCCCGGGACACGGAACCACGGAGGUGGGGCCCGCGCGCUCCUCUUGCUGCUGGCGGAGCGCUUUCCGCGCCGCCGGGUGGAGCAGGGCCGGUGGGAAUCCGCAGGCGAGCGGCCGCGACGGGACGACCCUCCCCUGUCCAUUGACCUCACCUUCCACCUGCUGCGGACCCUGCUGGAACUCGCGCGGACGCAGAGCCAGAGGGAGCGCGCCGAGCAGAACCGCAUCAUAUUCGACUCGGUGGGCAAGUGA